AUGUCCUCUUCCGUCCUCAUCGGCGCGAGACCUCGGGAUGGUAUGGCCCAUCACACACGCAGCAGCGAGGAGAGGGAAGUAGAGGUCACCAGGCAAGUCAUCUUGGACCUCUUCCACAUGAGGCAAGCCGACGCUGCCACCUCCCUGAGCAUCUCUCUCUCGAGCUUGAAGUCCGCGUGCCGUCGCCUGGGCUUCCCCCGAUGGCCGUACUCGAGGCAUAGACCCACCGCCACUCAUCUCGACGACAAGACCGACGAGGAGGCCUCAGGGUCAGCGUCAGGGUCGGGCUCAUCAGCCCCUGGUGCUGCUACUACUGCUACUGCAGCAGCAGCAUGUGCAUGCGCAUCUCUUGCUGACUCGUCAUCUCCUACUGCUGCUUGUGCCUCUGCCAAUCUCACUACACCUUACUCUGAUACUGCUGCCGCCGCUUCAGCUGUUUGUUCGAGGUCUGCUCCAGAUGCCUGCAGGUAUGCGGCAACCAGCUUCAGCUGCUUGGAAGAGGACGAGGAGGGAAGCGAGAUGACAGCGACGACGCCCUGCCUGCACGAGGCUGCUGGCGGCGACUGGGAGGGCGAGCGAGGCAUAGACACGUCAUGGCUGGAGAGGUACAUGCAGAGUACGGACGAGGACGAGGUGUGA